AUACGGUUUGGUCCAGUCGAGGAUCCGUAGCGCGAUAUUGUUAACCUCGUGCUUUGCCGUAGCAAUCUCAAGGUAAUAUCAAAGAGCCUCUGGCUUGCUCGCUAAUACUAAUAUAUUUACAAAUAAAAUGAGCGGAAAGAAAACAGAAGGACGAUCGGCUAGUAUCAUGGGAUGGAUAAGCUCUGCUUGCCAUUUCGCGGCGGACAGAAAUGAUUUUAGAAGGAAUCUCCUUGUGAACCUGGGUUUAUUCGCAGCGGGUGUUUGGGUGGCAAGAAACCUUUCAGACUUUGACUUGAUGUCUCCUCAGCCAGUUACGUAGUUCCCAAUCAACAAAAAAGAACUUUAACAGGUGAAAUGGAAGAACAGAGACAUUUUCUACGAUGGUCUUGACCAAGCCCAUUCAACUCUGAAGGGAAUAAAUCCCAGCAACUGGAUGGUUUCAAAUGUAAAUUUCUUUCUGUACAUUAAUUGUUUUGUUGAAAUAAAGCUCACGUUUAAACGGUU